AGAUUGAAACACAGAACUCCAGAAGAUAGCAAUUUAGACAUGGGAAGCACAAGCAAUGCAGAAAAGCUGGAGACACUUGAGGUAGGACCCUGUGAAGACGCUUACCAGAUGGGCUUCCUCAUAGGCAGGAGGUUCUCCAACCUGAUAAAGAGCAGGUUGGCCACAGACCUCAUCUUUAGACACCAACUCCUUCCCUAUGCUCAGUCCCCUCAGUCUCAACCACUCAUCAGAUCACUCUCCGAGACCAACAAGAGCAAGUUCCCAAGGUACUGGGAUGAGCUUACUGGGACUGCAGAUGGGAGCGGCGUGCCUCUUCUCCAUAUAAUACUACUGAACUUCAGGAAGGAGGUUCUCCCAUUUCUCCCAAAAAUGGCGAUGGCAACACUUCCAGAUGUGGAGACCUCAGAUGACUGCUCUGAUGUUCUCAUUGUAAAUGAUUCCAUGGCCAUUGCAGCACACAAUGAGGAUGCUAAUAUUGCUUUGGUUGGCCACACGUAUCUGAUCAAGGGAAGACUGUCGACUGGACUACUGUUCACUGCUUACACAUAUGCAGGCGAACUCCCAAGUUGUGCAUUUGGGUUCAACAGCGAUGGACUGGCAUUCACUCUAAACUCUGUACCUCCAUCUGAAAGUGAAAUUGUACCCGGUGGCAUUGCUCGGAACUUUAUUUCUCGAGAUCUGCUUGAAGCAACAAGCCUUGAUGAUGCACUAAGUCGAAUUCAUUUAUCAGCACCUUCAGUUGGCCAUAGCUAUAAUCUGGUUGAUGUGGGAAAACGUAAGAUCUUGAAUGUUGAAACUGCAUCAAGGAACCGGGUUUCGGUUCACGAGGUUGGGAUGAAGCCUUUCUUCCAUGCAAACAUGUAUCUUCACCUCCAAGUAGAGCAGGUACAAGAUGAGAACUCUAUAAGCAGGGAAAGAAGAGCAGCUCAACUACCAAUACAGUCUAAAGCUGAUAUCCUCUCAGUUCUCGGAGAUGUGGAUGAUGAGAGAUACCCCAUCUACAUGACAGGUCCAACACUCUACACAUUAUGCACGGUGUUGAUUGAUCUGGAUGAACAAACAUUAUCCAUAAUUCAAGGGAACCCACAGAAGGGAGAAAUUUCUCAUGCAUUUGCAAUGUCUUCAAAGGAAUCUUGAGAUGCCACAAUGAAAGGUCUCACCUAUUAGGUUCAUCAACGGUUUUACCUAGCUUGGUCACUUGUUUGAAUGUACCUACUUCCCCUGUUGCUCUCAUGCAGGUUCAUAUAGGCCCAACAUGUGACCAUCAAGGCAUCGCAUAGCUGCAACCUGCAAGACAAUCCAGCAUGUUGUGUUGAGAUGACAGUAAUGAUCAUAUAAGUGGCAUAAUGCUGGUCUAAGUGAGGAAGUUACCUUGCCAUGAAUCUCAUAUUUGAUGGGACCAUCCAGUUCUGCUCCUAAUGCCAUCAACUUUGUCACCGUGCUGUGAAUGUCAGUUACAGUGAAGGACAGAAGUGAAGAGUAUCCAUUCUGCACAACAUGGUCACUGUGAAGCAGGAGUUAGGGCUAAGCCCAGCCAAAAUGAAAAACACAUAGGCAUGGAUAUGGAAUCAUUAUUUUACAAUGAACAUUGCAAUCAUCUUACC